AUGGCUGCCGCCGCCGCCCGCAGACUCACGAGCCCCGCGCUCUUCAUUUGCGACCUGCAAGAGAAGUUCCGCCCGGCCAUCUGGGAGUUCUCGAAGGUCAUCCAGACCAGCCAGAAGAUGCUCAGAGCCAGCCAGAUCAUGAAAUUUCCCGUCCUCGCCACCACCCAAAACCGCGCUCGCCUGGGAGAAACAUGCCCGGAGCUUGGCCUCGAUGCCCCUGGCGGAAUCCAGACCAAGGUGCAUGCCGACAAGACGCUGUUCUCCAUGAUCACGCCCGAGGUGCGCGCCGCCCUCACCCAGAAGCACGAGUGCAUCAUCGUCGGUAUCGAGUCGCACAUCUGCGUCACCCAGACGGCGCUCGACUUGUUGCGCGAUGGCCACAAGGUCUAUGUCCUGGCCGACGGCGUGUCCAGCUGCAACAAGGAAGAAGUCCCCAUUGCACUGGCCCGCCUCAGGCACGAAGGCGUCGUCGUCACUACCAGUGAAAGCAUGCUCUAUGAGCUGAUGAAUGAUGCUGCUAUCCCAGAAUUCAAGGAGAUGGCGAAGCUGGUCAAAGAGACGAAAGAAAGCACGUCUCAGGUCCUGCAAACGCUUUGUAGGAUAUGA